AUGAAGCUCAUCAGACCAGCACAACUGGCCAGGUUUUCGACCUCUGUUUUGCGAGCCAAGCCGCAACUCGAGGUCGACCGCCCUGUGCUUUCCGAAUUACCUCUGUCGAACUCUUUGGACUACGCUUUUACCACUUUCGACAAGCUCAAAAAUUGGGCAAGAAGAAGCUCCUUCUGGCCAGUGACUUUCGGCCUGGCCUGCUGCCGACAUCAUGAUUGUGGCCGGCACCGUGACAAACAAGAUGGCGCCGGCACUUCGCCAGGUGUACGACCAGAUGCCGUACCCGAGGUGGGUGAUCUCGAUGGGCAGCUGUGCGAACGGCGGCGGCUACUACCAUUACAGCUACAGCGUGGUGAGAGGCGUCGACCGCAUAGUUCCUGUGGACGUGUACGUGCCGGGGUGUCCUCCGUCGUCGGAGGCUCUGAUGUACGGCAUUUUCCGGCUGCAGAAGAAGAUCAUGGCCCACCAGACGCACCGCAUGUGGUACCGGGCGUACUAGGGGCCCGCGACAGCGGCUAUUUAUUAGGUGACUAG